AUGUUGCUUCGGGAUUGGUGUACGAUUGCGUUUGAGGCGUGGCCGCCGAAGGCGCCUUACAGACUCCACGACCACUUCCUCGCCUUCUGGGGAAGACCCAUCGGCGAACUCUGGAACUUGGAAGGUCUAGCUGAAGCUUGUAAGCGCGAGAACAAAUACAGUUUCAUGCUGACAAGCGCUCCGCUAAACUUCCAAGGCGGAAUUGCGAGUCCUCCAAAUGCCAUUGCUAUUUUGUAA